CACUGCUAGAGUAUGGCCGACGGGAACAACGAUGCCAUCUUGCUAUGAGAGAGUGCUGGGCACGACACGACAAGAUGCCUUACUUCGGGAUGUAGAACUCAUCGACAAUCCACAUGAGGCGAAGACGUUCUGGCUGCCUGCCGAUGCUUGUCCGGCAACCUCCUUGGAGAAGAUCGCGAAGGCCAUCUUCGACUUUCACGUCGCCAAUAAACAACACAUCGGCCAGCAAGAUUCAGCCCCCACGGGUCCCGUUGGCUCCACGCCAUCUGCAGUAGCACAUGGCGAAAACAUCCCAUGCCGAGAUAAGCCUGGCGUCGUCCGUCGUGACACAAGCUCCCGUACCGGCUGUGUUGAGUCCGGGGCGGAGUGGUGGGUUCAGCAAAGAGAAGAAGGCCGUCAUGCAAGCCUGGGGAUGCCAUUCCAUUGGGAUAAAGACGAGCAGAUGCUGGAGCAAGAGGGGCUGGUCGUGUGCCCGGCGGUGUCGACGGUGACGUACUUGACGGGGUACGGUGCGCCGACAGUUGUGCUUGAGGCCCGGGCAACAGGCAGCCGGACGGUAGAAGAGGGAGAUAUCAACCAAACAUUUGUGAGCUACCCGGCGCUCUUCAAACACCUCGCUUUCGACGGUGGCUUUUUGCACGGGGUGCCAGAGCAGCUCAUGCGAACUGGAGAUCGACGCAUCAGCGGUAAAGUAGGGAGGGACGGUGAGCGACGAGAGGCUCAGGGCGGCAACGACAACCAUGGCAUCCGCUCCCGGAUAUCCCUUCUUUCUUUGAACGGCACAGUAAGUAUUCUGCGGUAG